AUGUUUAUCUAUAGUCUAUACAUCAUAGUACCAAAAUUACAUUAGUACAGUAUCUAUUGGCUAUUAACUAUUUCGACUUAUAAAUUGGAUUUAUUGAGCGUAUUUAGUUGUAUUAUUAUACCUGUCAUUAUUUUGCUUAAACGUAUACCUAAUAUAAAAAAAGAAUGGCUACGAUAUUUGGUGUAUCGUUGAAUCCUUUUUCAACGCCUGUGGGUGAAAAAAUUGAAUUAGCAACUGACGGGGGCUUGGCUUCUGAAAACUGGUCACUUAAUAUGGAAAUUUGUGAUAUGAUUAAUGAAAAAGAAGAAGGCCCUAAAGACGCUGUUAAAGCAAUUCGUAAAAGAUUACUUCAAAAUGCAGGCAAAAAUCAUAAAAUUAUUAUGUAUACCUUAACAGUUUUGGAAACAUGUGUAAAAAAUUGUGGUAAAAAAUUUCACAUUUUAGUUUGUAACAAAGAAUUUUCUCAAGAUUUAAUUAAACUAAUUGGUCCAAAAAAUGAUCCACCAACUAUUGUUCAAGAAAAAGUCUUAAGUCUUAUUCAAAGUUGGGCAGAUGCAUUUAGAAAUCAACCUGAUCUACAAGGGGUUUACCAUGUAUAUAGAGAACUUCGUCAAAAAGGAAUCGAAUUUCCUAUGACAAAUCUUGAUACUAUGGCCCCAAUACAUACACCACAUAAAAGUUAUUCUGAAGAGCAUAAACCAGUAGUUAGUUCACAUUCAAAUGAUCAAACAAAUAGCCAGCCAAACAGACCUGAUCAACUUUAUAAACUUAAUUCAGACUUGGAGUUAGUUCGUGGUAAUAUGACUGUGUUAAAUGAAAUGCUCUCAGAAUUAGUACCAGGAAAAGAAGAUGCAUCAGAUGUUCAACUUUUAACUGAUUUAUAUACCACAUGUAAAGCAAUGCAAGAAAGAAUUGUUGAACUCCUGGCUAAAUUAUCAGAUGGUGAACUUACUGAACAGCUAUUAUUAGUCAAUGAUGAUUUAAAUAAUCUUUUUCUGCGAUAUAGCAGAUAUGAAAAGAAUAGAGAAGCAAGAUGUAGUACUACUUCUGUAGAUGGUCCUUCUAUAAAAACAACUGAUUUACUUCAAGGUUUUAUUGAUGAGCCAAUUGCUACAACUUCGAAUCAAUUUUCAAAACUAAGUGUUAAUAAUGAAAAGCCUAAACAAAAUCCACCUGCAGAUUUGUUAACUAGUAUUCACACAGAUGACUUUGAUAUGUUUGCUCAAUCUCGAUCAGCAUCAUAUGAAAACACAAAAGUUGGUGGAAGUAGUUAUGAUGCCAAUUUAAAGCCAGAUCAAGUUAACAGUUUAGCUUCUUUGACUCAAGCUAGAUCACAAAACGUGACAACAAAAGAUGAUUGUGCUCAUGAAGAUGUCAUCAGGAUGCAUAGUGAACAGGAUUUCGAUGAAAUAGCAGCUUGGCUUAGUGAAAAUCCUGGAAGUUCUACAAGAACUGGAAAUGAAGUUGAAGAAUCUUUAUCAAGCAGUGAAUUUGAGAGAUUCCUUGCAGAAAGAGCAGCAGCUGCUGAAAAUUUACCCACAGGAAACAAUGAAAAUGAAUCAAGACGUAAUAAAGAAAAACAAGGUGAUACUAUGUUUGCUUUGUAAGGGGAUAUAAUUUAAUUUUGGAAAAUUUAAUUUCUUAGUCAGUAAUUGAAUAUUAAUCAUAAAUUUGUUAAGGCGUUUAUCCAUAUUAUUGAGUUUAUUCUAAAUUAAGAGAAAACAUAAUAUUUUGUAGUCCAUCAUCCAAAUCAGUUGUUCAAUUUUUACUUUCAAAAUAAUUACUUAUUUUAAAGACUUUAUAGAUAUUCAUUCAAUAAUAUUGUUCCUUAUGGAUUACAAAACAUAUUUUAUCAGCUCUUAUAUUUCAAUUGGAAUAAAUAUAUAUAUAUAUAAGUACAAUAUUAAGAAAAGGUUGUAACUGUAAUUUUUUUUCAAAUUUCUUGUGUAAAUCAAAAUAUUAUGAAUAAUGUUAAUUUUUUUAUGAUAUGCAAUUAUUUUUUAUAAAUUUUAUCAAAUUGUUAAUUGUUAACUACAAUAACAGAUAUACAAUCUCAUUCCACUGUUCCAUUGUAGAAUAUAAGUGAUCAGAUUGACAAUAUUGUUUUAACAUAGCAUUAUUCCAAUAGAUUAAUUUUUUAAAUUAUUAUCAUUGUCAUAAAAUUAAUAAUAGUAAGUUUAGUUUCUGUGCUAUGAAUAAUUUUUCUUUAAGCUUUAUAAACAAUAAUUAUUAUUGCGAUAAAAUAUUUCAACAUUCUUAGAUGUUUAGUGAUUUGGUUGUAUGUUGUUAUUUGUUGAAAUAUUUACAAUUUAUUUAUUAAAAACUUACCUCUUUUAUCUUUACAUACCUAUGAAUUCCAAUUGUUAUUUUUAUUUAAAAAUGUAUUUGUUGUUGAUUUUAUUUUAUUUUUAAAAAUUUACCAGUUAACCUUGUACCACUUGUAUGCACUUUUUAAUUUAAAUGUUUUAUUUGUUUAAAAUGUAUAAGUCAUAUUAUAUUAUACCUAUAGUAUAUUAAGUAUUGUGUUGCACCAUAUACACUGUAUUGAUAUGGGGAUUAUUAACUUAUUUUGGAACUAAAUAUAAUUUAGGUAUUAAUUUAAUAAUAUACUAUAAAUGUAAUUAUUUUAUUGUGUUUACUGUGCCACCGUGAUUUUAUAAAAUUGUGCAAAUGCUUUGGGCCCUUUGUUUUAAAUGUUUUAAUUUCUUAGAACUUUGGGUUAAUUAAAAUUUUUGCACAAUGAUUGUUCAAACUAUCUUGACUCUUGAGCAAAUACCAAUUUUUCAUUUGUAAUAUUAUAUAUUAUUAAUACUCCUUAAUUUUAUUGUAAUACACCGUGAAUUUUUGUUUAGAGAAUCUAAUGGCGUUGUUGCAUUAAAUAUUAAUCUAUUAAUCAAUUGUACAAAUUACAAAACAUUGUUUUUCGAUUCUAAAUUUAGAAAUGUUUGUUAUUGUCUGGAAUGCUAAGUAAUAUUUAUCAUUGUAAUUAAUUUGAGCCUUAAACAAUAUAGAAAAUUAAUAUGUAAUUUUCAAUUAUGAUUUAUAAUAAUAGUGCAUUCCUACCGACUACCGCUCAUAUUAGUAAUUACUAAUUUAUUUAAAGUACUAAUAAAUAUCUUUGUUAAAGUCAUGUA